CACGAGGUUCAUAGGUCUUUUUCAUUUUUUUCCGGCACGAAGCAGAUGUGAAAAAUGGAGCCGGCUUUGUAAUCAGUGAAAAUUAAUCCAAGUGCAUCGCUGGUGAAAUGUGCUAAAUCACCCAUUUAACUAGCCAAAGAGAGAACACCGCCAUGUAUCUGUACAACCUGACGCUGCAGAAGGGCACCGGUGUGACCCACGCGGUCCACGGCAACUUCUCCGGCGGCAAGCAGCAGGAGGUGCUCCUCUCACGUGGCAAGUCGCUGGAGCUCCUGCGACCUGACUCGAACACAGGCAAAGUGCACACGCUCAUGUCCACGGAGAUCUUUGGAUGCAUUCGUGCCCUGAUGGCGUUCCGACUGACGGGAGGAACUAAAGAUUACAUCGUUGUGGGCUCUGACUCUGGACGCAUUGUGAUCCUCGAGUACAUUCCCUCGAAGAAUGCCCUGGAGAAGGUGCACCAGGAGACGUUCGGCAAGUCGGGAUGCCGACGCAUUGUCCCUGGCCAAUACUUUGCCAUCGAUCCCAAGGGACGAGCCGUGAUGAUUGGCGCCGUGGAGAAGCAGAAGCUGGCGUACAUCAUGAACCGUGACACCCAGGCCCGCCUCACGAUCUCAUCUCCCCUGGAGGCGCACAAAUCGAACACCCUGACCUAUCACAUGGUGGGCGUGGAUGUGGGUUUCGAUAAUCCCAUGUUUGCCUGCCUGGAGAUCGACUACGAGGAAGCCGACUUGGAUCCAUCCGGUGACGCCGCCCAGCGCACUCAGCAGACCCUGACCUUCUACGAACUGGACUUGGGCCUGAACCACGUCGUCCGCAAGUACUCCGAACCCCUGGAGGAACACGCCAACUUCUUGGUUUCCGUUCCUGGCGGCAAUGACGGUCCCUCGGGUGUGCUCAUUUGCUCGGAGAACUAUCUGACCUACAAGAAUCUCGGCGAUCAACACGAUAUCCGUUGUCCCAUACCGCGCCGGCGGAACGAUCUCGAUGACCCGGAGCGGGGCAUGAUCUUCAUUUGCUCGGCCACCCAUCGCACCAAGAGCAUGUACUUCUUCCUGCUCCAGACCGAGCAGGGCGACAUAUUCAAGAUCACACUGGAAACCGACGACGAUGUGGUGUCGGAGAUCAAGUUGAAGUACUUCGACACAGUUCCUCCGGCCACUGCCAUGUGUGUGCUCAAGACGGGGUUCUUGUUCGUGGCCAGUGAGUUUGGCAACCACUACCUUUACCAAAUUGCCCACCUGGGUGACGAUGAUGACGAGCCCGAGUUCAGCUCCGCCAUGCCGCUGGAGGAGGGAGAGACCUUCUUCUUUGCCCCGCGUGCUCUCAAGAACCUGGUGUUGGUGGACGAGCUGCCGUCGUUUGCUCCCAUCAUCACCAGUCAGGUGGCUGAUCUGGCCAACGAAGAUACUCCCCAGUUGUACGUCCUGUGCGGGAGGGGACCUCGCUCCACGCUGAGAGUCCUCCGGCACGGCCUCGAGGUGUCCGAAAUGGCCGUUUCCGAGCUGCCCGGUAACCCCAACGCUGUCUGGACUGUAAAGAAACGAGCUGAUGACGAGUUCGAUGCCUACAUCAUCGUGUCCUUCGUGAACGCCACUCUGGUGCUGAGUAUCGGAGAGACCGUUGAGGAAGUCACGGACAGCGGCUUUCUCGGCACCACGCCCACGCUGUGCUGUGCCGCCCUGGGCGAUGAUGCCCUGGUCCAGGUCUAUCCCGAUGGAAUCCGGCACAUCCGCUCCGACAAGCGUGUGAACGAGUGGAAGGCGCCGGGCAAGAAGUCCAUCACCAAGUGCGCAGUCAAUCAGCGCCAGGUGGUCAUCACCUUGUCGGGAAGAGAGCUGGUCUACUUUGAAAUGGAUCCGACUGGCGAGCUUAAUGAAUACACGGAGCGCUCGGAAAUGCCUGCCGAGAUCAUGUGCAUGGCUCUGGGCACUGUUCCCGAUGGAGAACAGCGCUCCUGGUUCUUGGCUGUGGGUCUGGCGGACAACACAGUUCGAAUCUUGUCUCUGGAUCCGAACAACUGCCUCACUCCCUGCUCCAUGCAAGCCCUACCCUCGCCGGCAGAGUCCCUCUGCCUGGUGGAAAUGGGUCACACGGAAAGCACCACCAAUGCCGGAGGCAUGGAUGAGGACGCACCUGCCCAGCGCAGUGGCAGCAACAAGGGAACCAUCUAUCUGAACAUUGGCUUGAGCAACGGUGUGCUGCUGAGAACCGUACUGGAUCCAGUUUCCGGCGACUUGGCCGACACCAGGACCCGUUACUUGGGCUCGCGUCCGGUGAAGCUCUUCCGGAUCAAGAUGCAGGGCUCCGAGGCUGUGCUGGCCAUGUCCAGCAGGACCUGGCUGUCGUACUACCACCAGAACCGUUUCCACUUGACGCCUCUCUCGUAUGAGACCUUGGAGUACGCCUCCGGCUUCUCCAGCGAGCAGUGCAGCGAGGGUAUUGUGGCCAUCUCGACCAACACCCUGAGAAUUCUGGCUCUGGAGAAACUGGGAGCCGUUUUCAAUCAAGUGGCCUUCCCGCUCCAGUACACACCGCGCACCUUCGUCAUCCACCCGGAUACGGGUCGCAUGCUGAUUGCGGAAACGGAUCACAAUGCCUACACGGAGGACACCAAGAACGCCCGCAAGGAGCAGAUGGCAGAAGAGAUGCGCAGCGCUGCCGGGGAUGAGGAACGGGAGCUGGCCAGGGAAAUGGCCAACGCCUUCAUCAACGAGGUGCUCCCCGAAGACGUUUUCUCCGCUCCCAAGGCCGGUCUAGGCCUCUGGGCCUCCCAGAUCCGCUGCCUGGACGCCAUGCAUGGCCAGACGAUGUUCAGCGUGCCACUGACGCAGAACGAGGCCAUCAUGUCGAUGGCCAUGCUGAAGUUCUCCAUAGCAGCAGAUGGUCGCUACUACCUGGCUGUGGGCAUAGCCAAAGAUCUGCAACUGAAUCCGAGGAUCUCGCAGGGCGGCUGCAUAGACAUCUACAAGAUAGACCCCACCUGCUCGAGUCUGGAGUUCAUGCAUCGCACAGAAAUCGACGAGAUUCCGGGGGCAUUGUGCGGCUUCCAAGGUCGCCUGUUGGCCGGCUGUGGACGGAUGCUGAGAAUCUACGAUCUGGGCAAGAAGAAAAUGCUGCGCAAGUGCGAGAACAAGCACAUUCCCUACCAGAUAGUCAACAUCCAGGCCAUGGGUCACCGUGUUUACGUUUCGGACGUUCAGGAAUCGGUGUUCUUCAUUCGUUAUCGGCGGGCGGAGAACCAGUUGAUCAUCUUCGCCGACGACACGCAUCCUCGCUGGGUGACCGCCACCACCCUGCUGGACUACGACACCAUUGCCAUUGCCGACAAGUUUGGCAACUUGAGCAUCCAGCGCUUGCCGCAUUCCGUAACUGAUGACGUGGACGAGGACCCCACCGGCACAAAGUCCCUCUGGGAUCGUGGUCUGCUAUCUGGAGCCUCCCAAAAGUCGGAGAACAUUUGCUCCUUCCACGUGGGAGAGAUCAUCAUGUCGCUGCAGAAGGCCACUCUUAUUCCCGGAGGAUCCGAGGCGCUGAUCUACUCCACCCUCAGCGGCACUGUGGGAGCCUUUGUUCCGUUUACCAGUCGCGAGGAUUACGACUUUUUCCAGCACCUGGAGAUGCACAUGCGCAACGAGAAUCCUCCACUGUGCGGUCGCGAUCACCUCAGCUACAGGAGCUCCUACUAUCCUGUGAAGAAUGUCCUGGACGGAGACCUCUGCGAGCAGUAUCUGUCCAUAGAUGCGUCCAAGCAGAAGAGCAUUGCCGGAGAUAUGUUCCGUACUCCGAAUCAGAUCUGCAAGAAACUGGAGGACAUACGCACGCGAUAUGCCUUCUAAGGUGGGUUUGGGGAAGGG